AUGUUCUUCCAGACUGUGCGAUACGGUGUCGCCAUUGCAGUCCUUUUGGGCCUCGCCCAACCAUCGUUGGGAGGCAGUUUUUAUGUCGACUGCAGUCAAAGUUCAGAGGGUAAUGGGAGCAGGUCUCAUCCUUUCAGUUCCCUUGCAAAGGUCAACGAAGCAAUUUUGAACCCUGGAGACUCAUUGGAAAUCAAAGCUGGGACAACAUGUAUAGGCACGCUAUCACCGAAAGGUAGUGGUACGCAGAGCAGCCCUAUAUAUCUCACCAGUUACGGCGAUGGCGCUUUGCCUAUCAUCAACGGUUCAGGAGCAGAGGAGGCUGUCCGUUUGACCAAUCAGAAUUAUUGGGACAUUUCCAAAAUUUCAGUCAUUAACCCUGCCUCGACGAUUGCCUGGCGACGGGGUAUUGCGGCGAUAUCGGAAGAUGGAAAUGUCCACCGCGGCCUUUAUAUCCACGAUGUUACAGUCUAUAAUGUUGCCGGCGAAACGAAUAAAGCAACCCAGUCAGCUGCCUUUAUAGCCUCCGCGGGCAUUAUUGUGAACGGCACCGAGAACGGCAGUCGGUAUGACGAUGUUCGCAUUUACGACAAUACCAUCUAUGACUGUGGUGGAGGCGGCAUCAAGGUCCGCGUCGGUCAGAUGAAUAACCGGGGCGCAGAAACUCAUAUUUGGGGGAACAACGUCUCCAACGUUGGUGGUGAUGGAAUAGUCGUAUCAUAUGGCAUAUCCCCUAUGGUUGAAAAGAAUGUCUGUGGGUUCCUCGGCCACGGCAAGUAUCCAUAUACUGGGGGUAACUUCGCCGGAAUAUGGGUAUUAGGGUGCGAGGACGCAGUGAUGCGCUUCAACGUGGUGCACGAUUCGCUCAUGUCCGACGUUGACAGUGAAGCAUUCGACUGCGACUGGGGCAACGAGGGCACUUGUACGGUCGAAUACAACUACAGCCAUGAUAAUGCCGGAGGGAUAUUCUUGAAUUGUGACGGCUGCGGAACAGCCGGCGGUGCCACUCAGAUCGUGCGAUAUAAUAUCUUCCAAAACGACUGCCGAAUGUACAGCAACGGAGACGAUGUACAGUUGGAGUUCUAUAAUAAUGUGGUCUACUGCCCAGAUAAGCAAUUUGAAAUCUCAGUGCCGCCACAUACCAACCUCUCGAAUAAUAUUUGGGUUGGGACUGCGAACUCAACCUUACCAACUGGGGCCUUUAUUGAAUGGAAUACGAAUCUAUUUCAAACAGUUGCAAUGCCCUUGGAUACGGCUGGAAGUACUGGUAAUCCACAGUUCACCAAUCCCGGAACUGGAAAGGAUAGUCUUGACUCCGUUAAUGGUUAUCAACUGCGCUCUGGGAGCCCUGCUUUAGAAAGUGGGAUCUUUGUUACUGACAACGGUGGCCAUGACUUUUGGAAUAACAUCGUUUCUACUUCUUCGUCUUCGAAGCCCAACAUUGGAGCUUACAAUGGGAGAGGUUUAUGA